AUGGCAUCAACAACAAAUUCAAUUCGACCGGUGUAUGUGCCAGCCGACUCCGAUGUGGGUGCAGAGAGCAUCGACGACUACAAGCCUGGCGGUUUGCAUCCUACCCAUCUCGGGGACCUCUUGGGUCAAGAUGGCCGGUACAAGGUAGUACACAAACUCGGCUAUGGAGGCUUCGGCACUGUUUGGCUCUGUCGGGAUCUUCAGCAGAACAUGUGGAGAGCUGUGAAGAUCCUUGCUGCCGAGCAUUCUACUGGUCACUGUGCGGACCUAAAGAUCUGCGAGAUGCUCGAGAACUUGAGCCCUAAAGAGAGAGACAUCAGUUUCAGUCAUGUGGUCAUUCCAGAGGACCACUUCUGGCUUGACGGGCCUAAUGGCACGCAUCUUUGCGUCGUCAUGCCGGUCCUCGGUCCGAACCUGGAGGAUGCCGCUGACAGACACCACCACGAGGCACAACCACUGAAAAAGAUUUGUUACCAGCUCGUGCUUGCCAUGAAGUUUCUCCAUGAAAGGGGGAUCUGCCAUGGUGACUUCCGUCCUAACAACAUCUGCUACGUCUUGAAAGGUCUUGAUGACCUCGAUGAGGAGCAAAUCUUGCGGCUGCUUGGUAGGCCGAACUUGCUAUGUUACGUUGACGACGACGAGUAUGAUUGGCGCAGCGACUAUGCAGGAGAAGCCGAGGAAGAUGACACCUUCUACGACGAGGGUGUAGCAGGAGACGAUUUUGAAGAUGACGAGAAUGUUGUGCCUAGCCCAGCAUCUGAAGAACAUGAAGACGAACACGCCAGUGUCAACCUCCAUGAGCCCAGGUAUAUUGUCAUCCCUCCAAACCUUGCCAUAUCUUCGGGUUAUGUCUCGGAUGAGAUCGCAGUGAUCGACUUUGGAGAGUCUUUCCUUGCAUCCAAUGCACCUGAAUCCACUGGCAUUCCUCACUCAUACUGUGCCCCUGAAGGAUUCUUCGAAAACAGUUAUAAUUUUGGAUUCGGUAGCGAUAUCUGGGCACUUGGCUGUUCCAUCUUUGAGAUCAGGAGAAGUGGCCAUCCAUUUUUGGGUUUUGGCGGCGUUUGGGGACUUGUGAGUGAGUGGGAGGAUUUGAACGGCCCGCUGCCUGAGCCAUACAGGUCCGCCUUCGCCAAACAAGUCGAGGUUCCCGAGGAUCCAUUACAGUGGGCGACGCUUAGUGUUGAGGAGAGAAAGGAAAGUCAAGCCGAGCACAUGAGAAGAGUAGGUGUGCCCGGGUCCCUUCACAUGCUUCUUCUUCUGGAGGAGCAGUUCGUGGUUCCCUUGGCUGAGGGGGAAGCACAACCACCGCCUCCACCCCCCGGACGGGGUUGCAGGGGUAGGUACCUCAUGCGACCGGGCUACAAGAUAAUGGUUUCCGAGAUCCCAGAGGGAGAGGUUUUAGAGCUCUUGGACCUCUUCAAGAAGAUCUUUGCCUGGAAGCCUGAGGACCGCAUCGGAGUGGACGAGAUUCUCAGCCAUGCGUGGUUCAACAGCUGCCGAGAAGGAGAUGUUAUGCAAAUGACUGUCUCGCGCUCGGAAAGCAUGGAUUUGGAUAUAGAUGGAGCUGAGGUCGCCGAGGUCCCAGACUGUGGAAUUUUCCAAUACCUACCGGCAGCUAUUCGUAGACUACUUUGGCUAAACGGCCGAGGUGGCUUAUGGUAA